UAAACAGGAAAUACGAACAUUUUAGCUUCAAAUUAAAAACAUUACUGUCCCUUACCAAAAAUGCUAAACAUUUUACUAGAUCACUACAUCAGAACAAUCAAUGAAUUAUCGUAAUAGCCAAAAAUUUGUAUCAAGGUAUUGUGGAUACCAAUAUUGUAGCUAACACUACGAACAUGUUACUCUGAAAUGAAAACCGGAAAUGAUUAUUUCAGCUCGAGACGGGUCUGCUCGCCAUCGGCCGACGCCUUCUAAUUGGAAGAUCGAUCCAGCAGAUGAAAUGGCGGUGAGGCAAAGAAUUUUUAACUCAACAGCACCCUUCUCCGGGUCAUCCCAAGCUGAGCUAAAGGGGUCGUACCCACCCUGCUCAGCUGCAGAUCAGGAGGAGGAGGAGGAGGAGGAGGAAGAGGAGGGGAAGAGCAGCAAAAUGGACUUCCGUUUCAACCCUUUGUUUAACAAAGUAUUGACACAUGGGACUGCAGAGCAUGUGGGAGAAAUGCCACUGAAGACCUCAACCUUCAUUGCCCAAGCUGAAUGUGAAACCCAGGACUCCCAAGAGUUGUGUACAUCCUGCAUUGACCGCUUUGUUCCCUCCCCGAACUGCUUCACCAGCAGUAUUUCCUCAGAGCACAACAAUGUGGCGUGCCCAACCACAGCCUCCAUACAGGAGCCGGGCAGCUUAUUGGCACAGCUCACUCCAAGAAAGAAGAGCAGGAAGAGACAGAAGCGCAAGUGGAAGAAAAAACUGGAGAAGAAGAAGGAGAAGCAGCGACACAGGCAUCGAAUGCCCUCUGGAGUGCCUGAGCAGGAGAGUGGAAGUUCUCUGGUUCGGAUCCUGGAGUCGUCGUCUCUUGGAGGGAGAAGCGACAUCAGUACUUCUUGCUGUAGCAGCAUUGAAAGCUCAGAAGAGCAGGACAGGGGGCCUUCUCUCUACAGACAACAGAUCUACAACACAGGCUCAAGCUGCUCUCCUCUAAACUGGGCCACCGUCUCCAGUCUCCAUUCCUAUGGGCAGGACAGUGACUCAGACUCCCUCAGCAGUCUGGGAGACUGUUCACUGGCUCUUGCUGGCCUCAGGGGCAGCGUCAGCCAGGGGGACCCGUGCUACGCGUUGCCCUUUUUCAAAGAUGUGGAGAGGGAUGUAAGAGAAGAGGAAGAUGAGCUCUCAGGAGCUGACUCUGUCAGCAAUGAGGGAAUAAUCUUUUACAAUGAAAAAAUCCAGCCUGUGGACUCUGAAUACAAGGAAGGAAGGGAGUAUGUCCUCUCAAAGUUUAUCAAGGAGGGCUCCUAUGGUGAAGUACACAGUGCUCAAGAUGUCAACACAGGCUUCAAAUUUGCUGUCAAAAAGAUAGCCCUGAAGAAGUUCAACAGUGAGGAGGUGGGUGCGUGGAGUGCCCUCAGAUCUCCUCGUGUGGUGAAACUCUUUGGAGUGGUCAGAGAGGGGCCUAAUGUUGUCCUCUUCAUGGACCACAAAUCUGGCUCUGUGGGCCAGCUGAUAGCGGAGCGCGGCCGGCUGCCAGAGGACCUGAGUCUCCACUACCACUCGCAAAUCUUAACAGCACUGGAGUACUUAGGGAAGAAAAAAGUGGUACAUCUAGACAUUAAAGCUGACAAUGUGUUGCUGUCGGAGGACGGUAGAGACACCUUCCUGUGUGACUUCGGACACGCAGAGAGGCUCAACAAUCAGGGACAGAGCCUCAGUGGGUCCAAAGAUCUGAAGGGCACAGAGACCCACAUGGCCCCUGAGAUUGUAAAAGGGGAACCCCGCGGAGCCAAAGCAGAUGUGUGGAGCAGCUGCUGUAUGUUACUGCACAUGCUCACUGCGUGUCAGCCUUGGACAAGAUACUACACCUGUAGACUUUACCUGAAGAUUGCAAACGAGCCUCCGCCUCUGAGGGAGAUCCCACCUGACUGUAGCCCUCUCACAGCUGACGUCAUCAAGGCGGGACUUAAGAAGGAUCCAGCCAAGAGAGCAUCAGCAUCAGACCUCAAAGAAAAAACUGCCAGAGCUCUGAAAGAAGUGGGAGGACUCACCAGCCCAGUGAAGGGACCCUACACCGCGCCACUAUAUGUCACAAACAAACCUCCUGACUCCCCGCAACGUAUCAACAGCAGCGUUAUCUAUGACAAGGAGGAUGACCAUCAACAGUCUGUGAAAGUAAUCACAGCGGGGAGGAGGACUGAGAAAGUGGAUGGUGACGAUGACGAGGACGAUAAGAAGGCCGGUUGUAACGAGUCAAAGCGAGACUCACUUUUCUGUCCACAAACGCUGAUCUCUGAGCCGAACCACAAGAGGGGCAACAAGAUCACCACCGUGCCUGAACUUGAGCUACGGAAACUGGAGCGAGAUUUCUACCUGAGUAGUCUGUCCCAGCUGCACUCUGCUGAGAUGCAGGAGCAGCUCUUGUCUUGUCUUAGCAGUGACCCUUAUUCCACAUGGGAACCAUUGGACAAAAAGGACUCGGGCCGCUGGUCCCUGAGCCCAGGAGACGACUUUAGCUCUGGUGUCUUCUCCUACAACAGUCAGCCAGACGUGCAGGUUUCCAGUAUGGAUUUGCUGAGUCACACACAGCUACCACCACCCUGCUGCUUUGAAGGGGUGGAUGUCUGCAUCAGAGACUUCAACAAGAGAAGCAUUCGCAUCAGAGAGACACGCCGGGUGAAGGUGGGCCACAUCGCCACUGGAAUCAGUGAUCAGAUCUCUGAGAGGGUUUUCACCCUGGAAACCCAGCAGGGUCAGCAGGUUGCUCACGAUGAGGAGGUGCAGGAUUCCGGUCUAAAGCUUAACUGUGUUCCUGCCCCAGACUUCAGCUCUGCCUGGAGGUGGAGGAUCAGAGACGGAGUGCUGGAGACGAGAUAGAGCCACACAGCUCUCUGCCUCCAUCUUAACUGUCCUUCGGUACAUGUGGCCUUCUGUUGCAAUUGUUUUAAAUAUUUUCCUGUCAUUCGUCUCAAUGUUUGGGACCAUGCUUUCAUGAGAAAAAAUAAAUAAAUCUACCAGAAUUACGUUUUUAACAAAUGAUGUCUUAUGAUUUAAAUGCUGUAAUGGGAGGCGCUGUUGGGUAGCUUUUUGUUUUUCAAGUGCUAAUUACUCAGUCAUAGUACUGAGCUCUUUUGACCACAGUGACAAUUACAUGUUGUAGCCUUUCUUAUUGCAUGUUUAAAUAGAGACAUUAAACGGCAUAUGAAACUA